GGACCGGAGCCCGCAACCCGGCCCCUCCUCAGCGCCACCCAGUGGUUCGUCUGAAAGACGAAUACAUUUAUAUGCGGAUGAGAUCCGUGGACAAUGGUGCCUGCACCGGGUCUUUAACGAACUCGGCACUCAAGACUAAUGUGUCGAGUUCUCUGAACAGAGAGGACUUGUUCUAACUUCAAAAAAGUGUCCUCGCCAUCGAAACCCUAUGCACAUUAACAGAUCGGCAGCCUAUGGUGAACUGGGAGCUUUCAGAAAGAUGUCGAAGGUGGUCUUACAUUAUUUCCCCUUGAAGGCUCUGGGUGAGGGCCCCAGGAUGCUGUUGGCGUACGGUGGUCAGGAGUUUGAAGACCAUCGCGUGCCUGAAGAACAAUGGCCCGACUUCAAACCGAAGAUGCCGUUCGGGCAGAUGCCGGUACUGGAAAUAAACGGCAAGAAGUACGCUCAGAGCGUGGCCAUUUCGCGCUACCUCGGCCGCAAGUACGGCCUGGCCGGCGACAACAUCGAGGAAGAUUUCGAGAUCGAUCAGAACGUAGACUUCUAUACAGAUUUGCGAAACAGGGCCGCAGCAGUGGAGUAUGAAGAAAAUGAAGAGCUCAAAAAGCAGAGGCACGAAGAGAACAUGAAGACCCACUACCCGUUCAUGCUGAAGACACUCCACGAUAUUGUAGUCAAGAAUAAAGGACACAUCGCACUUGGAAAGGUACACUCUGCCGCAUAUCAAACUAUACAAUCUGUCACUUUGUUACACUGCAGUGAACAUUAA